AUGUAUAAACACAAAAAACGCAUAGUUACUAAUUUGAUUAAAAAAUCAAAACAACGCUACUUUCAAGAUUCGAUUGAAGAAAACAAAGAUGACCCUAAAGGAAUAUGGAAAGCUCUAAAGCAAUUAGCAAAAACACAAAAACCAUCUAUUAAAAUAGCAGAGCUGACUGACGAUCACGGAAAUAAGUACACGGAGCCACAGAAAAUAUCCGAAAUUAUGAAUAAUUUCUUUAUUAACAUCUUAAAACAAGUGGGAGACAACACGACUCAAGCUGGAGAAUUUCUUCAUGAACACGUAAUUUCGGAGUUUGUAUCAUCGAAGAUCUUAGACGAUCAAGCCCAGUUUAGCAUUCCUGAAAUAACGAGUAAAGAUGUCCAAGAAAUAAUAGAUAAACUGUCAAAUAAUAAAGCUACAGGUUCUGAUGGAAUAAGUGUGAAACUCCUUAAACUGAUUGCACCGGUUUUUUGCGAACCAUUAACUAAAUUGUUAAAUUACUCGAUAGCCACCAAUACAUUUCCAUCUGCAUGGAAGAUGGCUCGUGUUACCCCCCUUUAUAAAGAUGGAGAACGUGAUCAGAGUAAUAACUACCGACCAAUAUCAGUAUUAUCUGUAUUGUCGAAGAUUCUUGAAAAGCACGUGGCCAAAUCCUUAAUGAAUUAUCUUGUAAACAACAACUUAUUAUAUGAACUACAAUCUGCAUUUCGAGAAGGUCAUUCUACAGAAUCAGCGUUGAUAAAACUUACUGAUCAAAUAUUGUCAAACAUGGAUCAAGAUAAUGUUACUGGCGUUUUGUUUAUAGACUUUAAGAAGGCGUUUGACAUUGUGGACCAUCAAAUUAUGCUAAAGAAACUUAAACUAUACAGAGCUAGUGAGUCUACCCUUCAAUGGUUUAAAUCGUAUCUUACCAACCGAUCGCAAUUCGUUACAAUUGAUGGUAAACAAUCUCGACCACAAUUUGUAACACACGGCGUACCUCAGGGAUCUGUAUUGGGCCCUAUAUUGUUCCUUCUGUUUGUCAACGAUAUUCCCCUUCAUGUUUCAAAUUCGAACUUAGAUAUAUUUGCAGAUGACACAACGUUAUCAGCUAGUACACAGUGGACGAAUAUCCCUUCCAUGGUUCAAGAUUUGAAAAAAGACCUCGAUAGUAUAUGUAAUUGGUCCAUUAACAACAAAAUGGUCAUCAAUACGGAAAAGACCAAAUCUAUGCUUGUUACCGGAAAGCGUUUAAGGAAGAAAAUACCAGACGAACAUCUUCAAAUGGAUCUUGCUUUAGGAAGUACGACAGUAUCCCAAGUAGAAAGUCAAAAACUCCUUGGUGUUAUAGUAGAUCAAGAUUUAGCAUAUGAAGAUCAUAUAGACAGUCUAUGUAAACAGAUCUCAAAACGACUCGGUCUGCUGAAGCACAUCAGUCCAUAUUUAAAAAAACAACAAAGAGAAAUUUAUUAUAAUGGGAUCAUUAAACCAAAGCUUAUGUAUGGAAGUGCUGUAUGGUCAUGUUGCAGUAAAGAGAAUCUUGACAGAAUACUGAAACUACAAAAGAGGGCAGCAAGAAUUAUUUUAAGCGUGGAAAAGACAACGCCUUCGAAAACUCUCUUUAAUGGGUUAAAUUGGAUUCCUUUCACUGAUGAACUAUUUAUUAGAAGAAGUAGUAUAGUUUACAAACGUGUAAAAGACUCAUACAACUGUCCUAUAUAUAUUAAUUCUAUGCUGGUGAGAAAUUCUGACAUCCACAAUCGAGAAACACGUUUUUCCAAGAUUAACAUGAUAUGCCCCCGAUAUAAUCGAAUAACGGAGGGUGGAAAAACAUUCGCAGUGAGGGCUAUCAAAGACUGGAAUACUAUUAAUGUAAAAAUCAGGAAUUCUGCAAGCCUAUACAGUUUUAAACAUAGACUAUACAAGGAUUUUUUAGAUGCUCAAAAACUUUCCUAAUUUUAAAGUACUUAAAACAAUUAACUUUAAUUGUAGUUAUUAUAAUGAUUCUUCACUUCAUGUAUAUAUAUUUUAAUAUCCUUAGACUUAGAAAUACUGUAAGAAUGCUACCAGAGGACCACGGAGUUAUCAGUAUUCGUACUGUCAAGUGUUAUCCUCUAUAAAUAAAGUCUCUAAAUCUAAAUCUAAACCUAUUGUUGUUGCAAAGACAUCCAACUAUCAUACUAUCUUAGAGAAAGCUAUUGAGAAGCAGAAAGCAUUCAACCGAAAGUUCGAUACUGACAAGGAACAUGUCUUGGUGUACGAGGAUGGAAGCCACGCACAACUCAUGCCAGGGUGCAAAAGCUUCUUUCAACUUGACAAUUACAAAGCAGAAGUUGGGAAAGAUGUCAAGAGAAUAACCUUAUACCUAUGUACCACUGAGGACCUAAAUAGUUCAGAAGAGGUAACUUACAGCAAAUGCGAAAGUCCCAGUUCCCCUGAAGGUGUAUUCAAUAAUGAGGAUUUGCCAGAUGAGUUGCAAAACCAAAUUUGUAGUGAUGAGAAAGUAGCACGCGAAUUGCAGAACCAACUAGAUUCAGAGGCACAGCUGUCUCCUGACGAUGUGGUACAUGUAUCAGAGGAAGAAUCACCACUACCUACUUUAGGAGAAACACUACGAAAACCUGAAGAUGUUAUUGUGAAGUUGCGGAGUGAGGUAGACAAUGAUAGUAUUGACAACUUUUUCCUUGUGAUUAGGCGAGGUAUCAGCUUGUCAAGGCUGUUUGCUUUGUGGCAACGGCAAGAAAAAAGGACCCUGUAACUAAGGUUGUCCGAAUACGUAUAAUUGGAGAGAAUGGCAUUGAUUCUGGUGCAAUAGCUAACAAAUUUCUAGAAACAUCCAUCAGAAACAUUGAACAGGUUAUGUUCCCUGAUGGCUUUCCAGUAGACUCCACACUUCAUGUUCAAAAUGGAAUUACCACACUGCUGGAGAGAUUUCUGCAGUAUCCUUAG